CCUAGUUCAUUGAUGGCGAUCCUGGCUGUGUCUCUGCUGUGGUGCUAACGGGACUCGCGCCGAGUGCGAAAGGUGUGGAGUUUCUUCUCAGAGGAGACUCCAUCCCAACUGAUGGCAGUGGACGUCUUCUGAUCACUGAUAUCAGUCUCCACAAUGGACUGACUAGUACUAGUGAUGAGGAUGCUCUCUUCUGUCAUGCAACUAAAGAUGUUACAAUACUCCGUGAAUUAACAUAGGUGACUGGUAUCUAGAGACUUUGAAAACUACCACUGCCUAUGGAAAGAGAAUUGAUGGAGACAAUGAUCGAGGCUGGACCAGGAACAGAGAAUACUGCUGUUAAUGUAAGCGGCGUUUUCUAUCGACUAGUGAGAUUGAAGCGAGUGUCGAAGACUGCUGUGGAGGGGAAUUUCACAUGUCAUUUUCCCGGAGAUAGCAACAACAACAGGUCUCUUCUAAUACUAUACCCCAUUAUCUCAGUGGAGACAGUCAUUGAGGUGGUGACUGCAGAUCAAUUCAGAGUCCGCUGUAUUCCACUGGUGGUAGAGUUCUGAAUAUGUCUGUCACUGGACCACAUGGAGUGGUCUCUCCUCUCAGUAAUAUACAGGCAGUUGGCACUCAGAGAUGGAUGGGUAAUGAUAGCUACUCUGGUGUCACUGGGACACUAGAAGGUGCAGAUGAUGGAGACACUUACAACUGUACUGCAUCUAAUGGAGUAUCUUCUGCAACUGACAGUACAGUGAUAAGAGCUGCCAACAAACCAAGUAUUGAUCAAGUAGAGAGGAAGUACUCUGCCACUGUCGUGAGAGUGAAGUGGAGUCAGCCACCAGGAGGUGCCAAUGUGACUGGAUAUGAGGUUUUGUAUGCUGGAGUAGACACUGAAGGCAGUGAAAAGCUACCUGCAAAUGUCACUAGUUUUGAUAUCAACACUAAUAAAACGGUAUAUUUGGUUUUAGUGCUGGCUCUUUCAGAAUACUUACCAGGAAGAUUUGUUUGGAAGAAUAUGACAGCAUCAUUCCCAAAAAUUAUGGUGGUGGUAGAGGCUACCUUUGUCAAAUUAUCAUGGGAAAAUGUAGGAGAAACAAACAACUACACAGUCUCAUUCAGUGCAGAUGAUCAGGAGGGACUGUGCAGAGAUGAUUCUCAUUUUGCUAGUGUGACAGUAGUUGAUGUUUCCAAUGCCAGUAUUACUGUGGGGGAAGAUGUAGGAUCAAAUGACACCUCCUCGUUAGAGCAUACACCACAUACUCAGUCACUGUGGUAGCAUUGAGGUGGAGAAUGGUUUUAAAGAGUGAACAAAUCAUGUUUACAACACACCAGAGAGGAGCGGCUAUAGCUCCUAGCAAUGUAUCAGCCACAGCUCUGAACUCUACCACCAUCUUUGUUACAUGGGGCCCCCUCACUCCCUGUAGACUUAUAAACGGUCCAAUAAUGAAGUACACUGUCCAGUAUAUUGAAGUCCAGAGUAACACUGUGCAGCAAGAAAACCAAACAGAUUUGUCUUUGUAUUCAACUUUCCUUAUCAAGCUAAGUCCUUUUACCAACUAUUCCAUUGAAGUGGCUGCCGUUAAUGAAGAAGAUCAUCUAGGGUUGUAUAGUGACAUUAUAUAUGUACAAACUGAACAGAGGGGAACCAAUCAGUUCCAGAAAUCAUGGUCAAUGGUAGAUCCAUAUUUUGUGGCGAAAAUUGUAUCAUCUAUGGUGCAUUACUGGCUUCGGCUUCUUUUAUUCUGAUCACCUCUAUUAUGCUUUUAUUGCUGGCAUAUUGCUGCAGGUUCGAUUGCAUUUAAUGUAAGUUUUAGCUCUAAAAAGUGUGCUGCUUUAUUUUCCCUGUUAGAAAACUGAAAUUCAAGAAAAAUAGACCUCCAAUGAACACCCUUCUAUGAAACCCUCUAACUGUUGUCCGAGAUACCACCACAUCUCCUGACGAACCAUCAGUUCCAGAAAUGGUAUAGCUUGAUAUUCUUGAUGCGUAGAUUGUAGGCACUUCGUCCACUGUGCAGGGCCUCGAAUAUUACAAUUCCCUGUAAACAUCGUCCGAGUGGUCGAGGGAGGGAGAGUUGAGUUUACAGUCAAAGUGACAGGGAGCCCCGAGCCUAAAUUGACGUGGUACCAUGAGGGAGAGGAGGUGAUGACCAACUACUCCACUGACGUGGGACUGGACGGGUGUCUCUCCAUCCCCUGCACCGAGUCCAGCCAUACCGGACUCUACCAGCUGGUGGCCGUCAACCCAGCCGGACGGGCAGAGAGACAAGUCACGCUGUUUGUGAGGAAAGAGGAGCAGCCGACUCAGGAGACAACCGAAAACAACCAAGUCCUUCUCUCUCCCGUACCGGUGUUGGAUUUUGAGGAGUAUGUAGCCAGUGGCCAUGCCAACGACAAUGCUAUCUUCCAAGAACAGUUUGACGUGGUAGAUGAAGAUCCUGAUCAUCCUAUGACAAUUGGCACUGACCCUGAUGCAAUACUACUAAACAGAUUUGCCAAUAUCACAGUGUAUGAUGACAACAGGAUUGUUCUCAUGCCUAUUGACGGAAACUCAGACUGUCAGAGAGACUAUAUCAAUGCCUGCUACAUUGACGGAUACAAACACAGGAAAAAAUUUAUUGCCACCCAAGGGCCGUUGGUUAACACAGUGGUGGACUUCUGGCGACUGGUGUGGCAGGAGAGACCGCCCACCAUUGUGAUGCUCACAGACGUGAAGGAGAAGAAGAAGGUCAAGUGCUACAAGUACUGGCCCGACUCUGGGACACGGUCGUUUGGUCCGUUCAGAGUCACCAUCACUGAGCAACAGAGACUGGUGGACUACACCACUAGAAACCUUCUCCUGGAGUUGAAGGGGAGGUCAGAGAGAGCCCUGAGUGUGACUCAACUCCACUACAUGGCCUGGCCUGAACAUGGAGUACCGACAGAGCCCACCUCUCUACUGGCCUUCCACAGGAGACUCAAGAAACUACACCAGUUCCCCAAGAGACCCAUACUGGUCCACUGCAGUGCUGGAGUGGGGAGGACGGGGACACUCAUCACCAUAGACUGUGUCCUGGAGCAGCUCCUGAAGGAGAGACUGGUGGACGUGGCUGGGACAAUCAAACUCCUCCGCACUCAGAGAAUGAAGAUGGUCCAGAACCUAGAGCAGUUCAUCUUCAUCCACGACGCCAUCCUGGAGGAGCUAGUGUGCGGAGAGACUCAGAUCGAUGCCAGUGGCUUCACAGCUGCCAUGGACGACCUGAGCCAACAGCACAUACUCACCAACACCACCGGAUUCGAGAAACAGUUUAAGGCACUGAGUAAGCUGUCUCCCAAGCCACAGAACAAACCACGGAAAUCAAAUUGGCGAAAAAACAGAAACUCUGUUUUCUUACAAAGUCUUGAUGGUCGGGCUACAGAGUUGGAAAAUGAAGUUGUUUUUGUAAAUGGUUACAAGCAGAAGAAGGCAUUCAUUGUUGCCCAGAGCCCCAGUCACUCUUCCGCCAGAGACUUCUGGAAGAUGGUGUAUGACAUGAAGUGUGGGGUAAUUGUCAAUCUCAACACAUUGGAGGAGAUCACAGAGGAAGUCUUCCACCAGUACUGGCCUGAUGAGUCGGGAGUGAUGAAAGUGGGAGAGUUUCUGGUGGACUCGCUGCAGGUUGAACAACUGCCCAGCUUUUGUAUCCGUUCCUUUAGUGUUGUCCCGGAAAAGUCAGGGAAGGCCCUCCAAGUAUUCCAGAUCCACAUCACCUGCUGGACUCCGGAUGGACAGUGCUCCAACCUCAAAUCCAUCGUCGACACCAUCUCUGAGAUGACCAAGUUCCAGAGAAGGUCCAGUGGAGGACCGGUGGUGGUCCACUGCAGUGACACAGUGGGUAGGUCAGGGAUGUUCUGUGCCAUAGUCACCACCAUUGAGAGGUGUAAGACAGAGGGAGUGGUGGAUGUGUUCCAGGUGGUCAAGGCUCUCAGGGUACAGAAACCUGGAGCUGUCCUCACUGCGAUGCAGUACAGAGCAAUUUUCAAUGUCGUAGCAGCAUACUUGGAGUCAUUUUCAAACUAUGCAAACUUUUGAGAACAUUGUACGAAAAUUGUUACAGAGUGAUUGCCAAUGUUGAUCAUUGCUGUUCAUUAUGUAGUUUCAGUGUUAAUUAAGUACCAAGUCAUCAUAAUAAAUUUAAAACUGUACAUUCUGAUGGUAUGCUGGCACAUGGCC